AUGGCCAAUGUCAGACACAGACGACAGGACAGACACCCAGUUGACAGCACCAUCCCCAAGUCCAGGCUGAUUACCUGUGAGCCCUUGGAGGACUUUGUGAAGACCAGCCACAUGGUCAACACACCUGUACAGACCAUGCACAUCAUGGGGGACCUGGGACCAGCAGAAAGAAAGAUGGAUCGUAAUGAUGAAAGAAUCAAAAGAGCUUUAAGACGCCGCCCUUAUGUGUUGAAACCAGUGAGGGUGAACACCCCUGAUUCCGUGUUGUGGCCAACCGGCAAGGUGCACAGAAGGCCAAAGCCUUCUAAUUCAGUGCAGACCCCUCAGAUCCACAAAAGGCCUCCAAUCAUUGUGAGCUAUGGGCAGGACCAGACAUCUGGGGAUGGAUGGAGCAUCAAUCCAGAGCCUCUCAGCCAGUCUGGAAGGGUGACUCGGCUGAUAGAGAGAAAAUAUGAUGACGUGAUCUCAUCCUCCAGUUCUGAUGACUUUUCAAUCUACUCCUUCACUGACUGUGAAUCUGAGUGUGAUGAUGAGGAUCAUGAAAGGAGGACCCCAAAGCUGAAAGUUGAGAAUGGAAAGGUGACAAAGCUUGAUGUGAGGGAUAUGGACAAGGAUGAUCUGUCUCUCCACUCCUUCGAUGAGUCAGACUUCCUGAGCCCAGGGAAGGUCUCAGGUCCUGUAUCUGUCAAGAAUGGCCUCUCUCCUCUUGUGACCUCAGCACACCGGACCCUGGCUGAAGCCCUACGGGCCCUGCCCUCUGCUGUAGGCUCUCCCUACCCAGUAAAUGUUCCAAGGCCUCGGACUCCUCUCAACCCUGUCAUUAUCGCUCCACCCCGAACAGAGAACUUCCCAUACCGCCACAGCCCUCGCCUGGCUCCCAUCACCAACCUGAGCGAGACCGGCAGGAAGCUGCUCCAGGAAAUGGCUGGAGUGGCCCCACAGGAAGGGAAGGUCAAUAAGAAAAAGAAGAGCAAGGCCAAAAAAGAAUUGAAGCAAGAAAAGGCCAGUAAGACGCAACAGAUGGGAAAUGUUGGAGAAAGUAAGGAGGACAAGAAAAAGGAAAAGAAGAGUUUCUUCAGUGGCUGCUGUCCAAACUGA